UCACCCACUCAGUCACUCACCCACUCACUCACCCACUCACUCACUCACUCACCACCCCACUCACCCUCACCAAGUGUGUCUCUGGUGGUGAGCUCACUCACCUCUCGCAUAGAGGAGCAGCUCACCCUGCUGCGGUGAGUAGCACUCACUCAGUCACUCACUCAGUCACUCACUCAGUCACUCACUCAGUCACUCACUCAGUCACUCAGUCAGUCACUCAGUCAGUCACUCAGUCACUCACUCACUCAGUCACUCACCACCCCACUCACCCUCACCAAGUGUGUCUCUGGUGGUGAGCUCACUCACCUCUCGCAUAGAGGAGCAGCUCACCCUGCUGCGGAUGUGUGAAGUCACAGCGUGUUUCCUGGGUCAAGCGGAAGUGACGAUGCCGUCUCUCCUACAGGAUGUGGAGCGGGGCUGCUACAGAGUUGUAUACCUCACCCCUGAAUCGUUCAGCACUCACCAACAGCUACUCACCUCUGUGUACAAGCAUGUGGGAAUUGUUGUGGUGGUGGUGGAGGAUGCUCACUCCAUCUCUCAGUGGAGUUUUCACUUCCAGCCAAAGUCUCAGCUCCUGAAUGGUCUGAAGACUCAAAUGCCUCAGGUCCCAGUGCUCGCCCUGUCCCGCUCUCCAUCCCGCCCGGUUCUUCAGGACAUCGUCGCCGCCCUCGGCCUGGCUAGGCCCAGGCUUCUCACGCAGCCCUUCGACUCGCCUCGAAUCACUCUCGAGGUGUCUCAGCGGUCCGGCUCGCUGGCUCACGACCUGCAGGGCCUCGUCACUCACUCGGGGAGGUGUGACGUCACCUUCGGAGGCUCCACCCUCAUCGUAUGCCCCUCCCCCUCCUCGGCCGCCUUUGUAUCCCUGGCUGUGAGGAGUCUGGGAGUGAGCUGUGAGCUGUACCUGGAGAGUUACAGUGGGUGGCAGAAGGGACAGAUUCGCUGUCGGUUUGACCACGGGGUUACAGAGUGUGUAGUGGCUACAAUCCGUGGCGUGAUGGAGAUCACCAAACCGGACAUCAGGAAGGUGAUCGUCAUUGGAGCACCUCCAGACAUGGAUAGCUUGUGCCUGGCUCUGGGCCGUGCCGGAAGAGAUGGAGACUCAGCAACAGCCACAGUCAUGUGGGGUCCAGCUGACAUCUCUAGAAGCAGAGGGGCUAUCUCUAUGCUCAAGAGAGGCCCGUAUCGUCAACACCGCCUCCGGCUCCUCGCUCAGCUGGAGACCACCUUGAGGAGCAGGGAGUGCCGUAGGAGGCUGUUGGUGUCUCACUACGAGGAGUUCUAUCCCCGUGUCUCUGUCUCCACGGCGACCGGGAAUUGCUGUGACAACUGUGACCCAAAGCAUCCUGGGAAGACUCCCACGAGCGCCAACGUUGCCGGGCCCCGCCGUGACUGCUCACGAGAUGCACGUCUCCUGCUGCUCGUGGUCAUCGCCCUGGGGGGAAAGUGGGGGCUGAGGGCGACAGCCAGGAUACUUCGUGGGUCUGUAAGUGACUAGUAGAGUGACUAGUCACUAGUCACUAGUGUCUAGUAACUAGACACUAGUCACUAGUGACUAGUGUCUAGUGGGGGCUGAGGGCCACAGCCAGGAUACUUCGUGGGUCUGUAAGUGACUAGCGACACUAGUCACUAGUGACUAGUGACUAGUCACUAGUCACUAGUGACUAGUGACUAGUGUCUAGUGUCUAGUGGGGGCUGAGGGUCACAGCCAGGAUACUUCGUGGGUCUGUAAGUGACUA